ACAGCACAGCAUAAGGUUCGAAAAAUCGAUCCCAAAACGCCUUCUGAUUGUUCAUAAAGCAAAAACGUGAAGAAUUUCUUCGAUCGGAGAAGAGAAGAGGAUGAAGAUCACGGCGUUACUUGUGCUGAAAUGUCAUCCGAUUCCAGACGGGUCGGAUCCGGUGAUCUUAGCGAACGCGACAGAUGUGAAUCAUUUUGGGUACUUCCAGAGGGUCACCGUUAAGCAGUUCAUCGUGUUUGUUGGUCGAACUGUCGCCAAACGGACCCCACCUAACCAACGCCAUACCGUCCAACACGAAGAGUAUAAGGUGCAUUCAUAUAACAGAAAUGGUUUAUGCGUUGUGGGCUUCAUGGACGAUCACUAUCCGGUUAGAAGUGCAUUCUCAGUGCUGAACCAGGUAAUAGAUGAAUAUCAGAAGAAGCAUGGUGAGUCAUGGAAGACCAUACAAGCAGAUACUACUAGUCAAUGGCCUUAUCUUAAUGAUGCUUUAACCAAGUUUCAGGAUCCUGCUGAGGCAGACAAGCUGUUGAAAAUUCAGAGGGAGUUGGAUGAAACUAAAAUUAUCCUUCAUAAAACCAUUGAUAGCGUCCUUGAAAGAGGCGAAAAGCUGGACAGCUUAGUCGAAAAGAGUUCAGAUCUCAGUGCAGCUUCACAGAUGUUCUACAAGCAGGCAAAAAAAUCCAAUCAAUGUUGUACUAUUUUGUGAAAGCUAGUUGCAGGUUCUCCUUUCUUCCUUCCACGGUUAUGAAGCGUAACUCUUGGAGACUAUCAACUUAUGGGAGGUAAAUCUCCCCUGCCCUGGAUUUAUGCAGGCUUGGGUUCAUGCUUUUUGUUCUCAUGUAUCUAAUUCGUUUUCAUUGUUAUUUAGAAUGUUAUCUUGUAAAUAAGAAGUGAUCAAAUAUCAUGUCAUAAUGUUAAUACAUUGCUUCUGUUUUCAAGAUUUCUGAUGAUAU